UGGGGGGAGAGAAGGGGGGGGAGGGGGUGGACAGGCAGAGAGAGAGUGAGAGAGAGAGAGAGAGAGGAGGGAGCGCUGCUUGGCUCUUACAGUCAGGCGCUGGGUGGAUGACAGGACCUGUAGACAGGCCAGCUAGGGACGGACGCACGGCCGCGGAGAGAGUGGGCGCUCUGCGGCGUUACCGCCCGUAGCCGAGACCAGCGAUCCCCCGCUGUCUCCUCCGCGCCCGGACACAGAGGCGGCUCGGCGCCGCAGACGGGCCGGGCUGUGCGCGGCUAGAGGGCACCGGGACACCGACAGAGGAGGCUGUCGCUGCGUCUGACCCCGUCUAAAACUGAAGAUCCGGCCCAGAGGAGAAGGGGCGGGAGGGGAGGGAGGAAUCUCGUUCCUUCUGUGUUGCAAAUCGUGCGCCGCGUAUGUCUGAUUUUUCCUCCCCCUUCUCUUCUCCUUCUCUAAACACGCAAUGUAAUCUGGAUUAAUAAAAAUGGAUUGUAACCGGCUGCUGGGGCCGUCUUCACUCUCCGUGCGACGGAGGGUCCGCGAUUCUCGCUGCUGAAGCAGACCGCUAACGAGGCAGACAGAUUUGCUCGAACACAGGUGUUCGUGAAGAAUACAUAGCAGAUUAACCGGCUGGGAUCAAGGACCCGAACACCAUGUCUCAUUCAUACUCCUAGCUGAGGAAACCAGGUGGAUGUUGCAUUUUGGUAUCCGUCUUCCUGUGAUUCUUUUUGACAUCAAUGUUUUGUUUUGUUUUUGUUUUUUUCGGACGAAACUGAAGGUUGUUCAAAAUAAUCUCCGUAGCAACCAAACGACUGCGGCUACCAGGCUGAUUCCAAGACUAUCUGAUAUAUCUGGCAAAGGGUGAGGGGUCAGAGCUCUCUCGCCUCCCGAGCCACGGCGGGCGAGCGGCUAUCGGCCAGCCAGGAGACAGCGGGACCCCGGAGCGGCCGGAGGCUGGAGCGGGCUGCGGGCUGCGCCGUGAGACGCGGGCCGUGGGCCGUGGGCUCUCCUCCCGCAGCACAGUCCUUGCCCGACGCGGGGGACCAUUUAAAUAAGACACAAGCCGCCGAGACCCCCGCCCCCGUCUGAAACUGUUGCUUCCAGUACAGAAGGAGACUCGGAGACCCUGAUACAAACGAAGACGACAGCAGUUUGUUUGUUUGUUUUAUUUUCGCUCUGCUUUAUGGUCCUCGAAUAAGACUUGUUUUUCCCCUUAAAGAAAAGGAGAAGUACUGCUUUGUUUUGGAUCAGCAUGGUUCCGGGGACGCCGGCCGCCAUGCUCCCCGCCCAAGAGGCGGCCAAAAUCUACCGGACCAACUACGUGAGGAACUCCCGCGCCAUCGGCGUCCUGUGGGCCAUCUUCACCAUCCUCUUCGCCAUCGUCAACGUGGUGUGCUUCAUCCAGCCCUACUGGAUCGGGGACGGCGUGGAGACGCCCCAGGCCGGCUACUUCGGCCUCUUCCACUACUGCAUCGGGAACGGGAUGUCCCGGGAGCUGACCUGCCAGGGCAGCUUCACCGAGUUCAGCUCCAUCCCCUCCGGCGCCUUCAAGGCCGCGUCCUUCUUCAUCGGGCUCUCCAUGGUCCUGGUCAUCACCUGCAUCGUCUGCUUCGCCCUCUUCUUCUUCUGCAGCACCGCCACCGUCUACAAGAUCUGCGGCUGGAUGCAGCUCGCCUCCGCAACCUGCCUGGUCCUGGGCUGCCUGAUCUUCCCGGACGGCUGGGACUCGGAUGAAGUGAAGCGGAUGUGCGGAGAGCAGACGGACAAGUACACCCUGGGCGCCUGCUCCGUGCGCUGGGCCUACAUCCUGGCCAUCAUGGGCAUUCUGGAUGCCCUGAUCUUGUCCUUCCUAGCCUUCGUCCUGGGCAACCGGCAGGAUGGACUCAUGGCUGUGGAGCUGCUGGCCGACAGCAAAGACAAUGGGAAUGCCUAACGCACAAAGGUCUCACCGGUGUCCAGCAGGGGGCGGCCACGAAGUACUUUCACGCUCCGGCUUUUUACCCCAUCACCCCAAGGGUGGGAGGCAGGCUGCAACUCUGGGAAGGGACAGAGACAAGGAUGGAGGAAGAGAGAGGAGAAAGACGAGAGCGAAAGAAGGAUGCGGCUCUCCUGGCUUUAAUCAAGGAGCUCCACCACUGUCGAGACCCCCCCCCUCCACCCCUGCCCAUUGCCGCCCCCCUCUUGCCUCUCACUCGGGGGGGGGGCACCAUUACCCACUGGAGACGACCUUUAUAGAAUAGAGCCUGGGUCAGGGCGGCGGCAUCAGUGACAGCUCCAGCCCACGGGAUGCUUGGCAGAGUGAUGCGCAGACAGACUGAGCCCCAGUACCCGCCUGACGGAUCGAAUAACCCACAGACACUGGCAUCUACAGAAUCAGCAUCUUCUGCAUCAUGUCCUACAGCUUCCUGCAUCAUCUUACUGUCAUGUCCUCUAUCGUAUCCUACAUCAACCAUGUCCUACAUUAUCCUGCAUCUACAGAAUCAGCAUCAUGUCCUACAGCUUCCUGCAUCAUCUUACUGUCAUGUCCUGUAUCGUAUCCUACAUCAACCAUGUCCGACAUUAUCCUGCAUCUACAGAAUCACCGUCGUUUACAUCAUGUCCUGCAUCACAUACUACAUCAUAUCCUACAUCAUCCUAAAUCAUCCAUGUCCUACAUUAUCCUGCAUCCACAGAAUCACCAACUUCUACAUCAUGUCCUGCAUCACAUCCUACACCAUACUACAUCAUAUCCUAUAUCAUCCUACAUCAUCCAUCUCCUUCACCAUCCUGCAUCUACAGAAUCACCAACGUCUACAUCGUGUCCCGCAUAAUGUCCUAUAUCAUCCCCUGCAUCAUUCUACAUCAUGUCCUACACCAUAUCCUGUGUCAUGUUCUGCUUCAUUGCACACACUGACCUUGGCAUUUUGUAAAAUAAAUCUUACAGUUAUAACCACAGCAGAAAUAAUAAUAUAAGUACUACGUUUAUAAAGCAGACGGUCAUGUUUUAGAUUAGUAAUACUCAUUCUACUGUACAGCUGACAUCAAUCUUCCUGUUUAACGGUCAGUUGGUUUGCAGACACCUACUGCUAAGAGAGACCGUCUCCCAGAUGCGGAGCCAGGACAAACCUUCCCUCGUCCUGGGGUGUCCAGUUCAGUCCUGUCUGCUAUACUGGACUGUGCAUUGACUCCCCACCACACUGACUGAUGACUACAGGACUACUCUGCUGGCUGACCUCCAGCACGCCAGCACUGCAGAACACAGUCAGGUGUGACCUUGAGCUUUCUGUAGAUAAUCUUCCCCAUCUCCCAACGAAGAGUGCAGGACCACAAGCACUCCAUCUCCUCCUGGGAUCGAUCACUACCAGAGGCAAAACUGCACGACACAGGAGGGGUCCAGGGUAAGAGCCCAGUUCUGAGACCCCUGAGCACCUUGUUCUCACGGUGCAGCCGGGAUUCUGAGAGGAACAACUCAAGAGAGGGCGAAUUCGACCGUGUCUGAGGCGGGUUACGACACAGAACCCCAGUAAUUAUUUCCUUACUUGGCAAACUAAUGAUUGGGGGGGAAUAAUGUAUCCUUCAUCAUCUGCAUCAUUAGUAGCUUACGGUUUUCUUCAUCCAGGAGACGAAGGCGAUGGGUUUUGUUUUUCCUCCGAAAUUGUGUUUGAACUUCAUCAGCUCUGUGCCGUAUUACCUCUUAAUCUGUAGUUCCUUUUGAUUUUUAACGAGCCGCUAAUAAACGGAAUGUGUUCGUUUUGAUCAGAAUGUCCCGCGGCCAGGGUAAACAGAAGGGUGGACUCGUGUUUUGGUCUCUUGAGCUCUGGGCAGUUGGUGGACGGCUCUCCGCUGUCGAGACGUCCUGGCCCAGUCUGCCCUGGACCGGCGGGCUUGGCCAGCUUCACGCUGGACUGGACUGAACGUGUCCACUCUUGGGACUCCAGCUGGGGUCUCCACAGCACUGCUGUCAGGGAGAGUCCUCUACUGUCCUGGCUUGGGGACAAACAGCGGCGGCGUGGAGCUGAACUGUCUCUGCCUCUCCGGCCGCGGGCCCUGACCUCAGGGCUGGGUCUGAGGGCCGAGCCCACUGGCCCGAACUGAGUCUGCUGGCUCUGGGGAAGAAAUGUAUUAAUGAAUGUCUGUGUAUAAUAUCUGUGUGUGUACAGUAUUAUAAUAGGAAACCACCAAAUAAUCCUGUUGUGUCCUGAAAAAAAAAAAAGACAUGAACUCUUCAUCGAUAUUUGAUUAGUACAAAUGUGUCCAAUGACAGACCCUGCUGAUGAAGGGGCAGAGGAGCCUGGCCAUCGAUAACACACCCAGCUCGAGGCAAACCCUGCAGUGGCCCAGCAUGCUGUGCAGAGAGUCUGGGGUCUGGAGUCCUGCGGUGAUGCAUGGGGUAUUGCUUUUAUACAGUGACAUCUUGGUGUGUCCGUAACGCUGUGCCCACAUGAACACUCAGACCUUCAGAAGGGGGGAGAGCACGUGCCUGCAGUAUCCCAGAGGAGACUGGCACUUCUGGCUGAUAGCAGGGCAGGGGUACUCGCACUCACACCUCGGUAUCCCAACCUAAGUCGUUCCUGAAAAUCUGUGCGGAAGGCAAGAGAUCGUAAAUGGAAGAUAAAAAUUCCACUAUUUCUUAUUCCACCCCAUUCCGAACCGAAGACAAGCUCACUCAAAAACCACCCUUAACGUGUAAUACCAUACAGGCCAUUAAAGCACGCUUAGUGAACAAAGCAGUUCUACUGAAAUAAGCCAACCAUAGCUGUAAAAGAAUUCAUGAUGUCAUAUUUACAUUUUUCAUUCUUUCGGAAUAGAUCGCUAUCCAAGCGAUCUGAGAACGAUGUGCACACUGCUGUCGACUGUUACGCUAAAGAAUGUUUUCCUCUUCCUUAGUGAAGCCCAUAAUGAACAGCAACUAUAAAACAAACACAAAAUAAAGCACUUUGGAAACGAGAGCACAAGCUUUAUUCGUGAUCGUAAACGAAGCGCCGCUGCCUCUCAGCCCCCUUCAUCGCGAUGCCCGUCGCCCGCGCAGACACACGCACCCGUCCAGAGGCUCUGAAUCCAGAUGCUCGCAGAAGUUUCUCGGCCAAAGUCAGUCACUUUCGAAGUUCGGAUGAGCGAAAUUCCGUUCUUAUAACGAAUUACGAGGUACAAAUUCUUCAUGUUGGGAUGAGUGAAAAUUCGUCUUAUACCGGGGUAUGAGUGUAUAGAGCAGGGGUGGCCAUCCCUGCUCCUGGAGAGCCCCCGCCCAGCAGGUCCUACAGGCCACCCUUCAAUCAGCCAUUAGCACAGACGUGGAGCGUGUGUGAGAAUCGGUCAAUUUGCUGGGUUAAUUGGUUUACUGAAGUCAUAAAUUGCCACCUGUGGUCCCUGAUAAGCAAGGUGUGUUGGUAUUCGUAUCUCAGUUGAUUUCUUCAUUCAUCUCCUGACCAAAGUGCUGACUCAAACAAAUGAGGUGUUCAAAGGGGUUAAAAGAAAACUGACCCAUCCUGAACUGUGGCUUUCUAUUGGUGGCCAGGCUUGGAAUACAGCAAAACUGCUAAGCCAUGCUGCACAGAGUCACACGAAUUCAGCCGAAAGAAACUUUAAAAACCAGGCUUUAAAUCUGAAGACAGGAAGUGAAGUGGGGGAAGUUAAUUUGUGUUACCGCAGCUGAAGCCCAUUGGCUUCCCUGCCGGCAACUGAGCGUCAACGAUCUUCUUCCCCUGCACAGUCUGAGGCAGUCAGAUUGGAGCCGCCUGUUUGGAAACUGAUUCGUGAAAUAAGUAUCUGUUGAGGACUACGAUAAGAUGCCCUAACAAGGUCGAUGCUGACACAGAAGCAGAGCUACACAGACACCUGUGGCCUGUCAGGAGAGCUGUCGAGUCAGAGACGACAACACAAAAAAACGCGGCUUACAAAUCCAAUUGACUUGUAGGGGGAUGUUCUAAAAUUCCUAUUUCUUCUCCCAGGCCUUCUGAAAGCAAGUGUGAAAGAGUUUAAAUGCAACACCUGGUUUGUGCAAAAUUCAAUAUAGGAAUUUUAAAUGGUCUACUUGCAGGUGGGAAGAAAUGAGCCCAAUCUCCUUCUCUGAAGCUCUCAAAUCAUCACCCUGCAGACUGACAGAGAGCUCACUUUUCCUCCUCCCCCAGUGUUGCUCCACCAUGCUGACAAGGGUUCAGCCUUGUCUUGUUGCAGUUAAUGAACUUGUAAGAACUGAAAAGAACUAGAAAAUCAUGCAUUUCUCCAAGACGUUUAGAUUUAGCAGAAAAGCAGCAAAAACUAGCAGCAUGAACAACUCUAAAGGCUAGAUCUGGAGAACAGCUAAUUGUGUCAAGACUAUGUUGACCUCACUGUUAAAAGGUGCACCUGCAGUCAACAGCUUAGUGUGAAUUUUAAUUUCCAUGCUGGUGAAGGCAGCAGAUUCAAGCAGUGCAUUCUACAGUAUGGGAAAUGCCUCAAUGCUAAGACCUGAAAAAAUACCGCACUGCGUUGCAAUACUAUGUGUCCUUGGGCUGUUCCUCUUGGCUGCUUGUUUCACCGACAACUCAGCUGGACUUAAGCCCAACCUUUGGAUAACAUCAGGGUUUUGGGGGGGAUGAAAUUUACAGCUGGAAAGUACUCAUUUGUAUAAAUGUGUAUGGUGAGAAUAUUAAGUUCACUCCAUGAUGGAGAGACACAGGGACAGACAUCAAAAGAUACACAGUGCGAGUAAAAGAGACAGAUUUUCUGUUUCUUACAACUUGUCAUUGUUAAUUACUUGGUAUAAUUAGAACUGCUAAUAGUUGUUAGCUUUUUCAACGCUGGAAUUCAUCUGUCAUGCCAAUAAAGCACUUGGAAUUGAUUUGACAGAGGGAAGAACAUACAGUGAGAAACAGAAACAAUGAGACUACCAGAGAGACAGGGGGACCCAACAAGAGAGAGAGGCAGUGACAGGGACAUCGCAAGAAAUAUUCAGGUAUCAGACAUUCUUCCCCCGCAUAACAAUUCUAAUCCCAGAAUUCCCACUCCUGCCAGAAUCAGAACAGCUGUCAAUCCUGCUGGGAGAGGGGGAGGAAACUCAGCAGACCUACAGUCUGAAGGCCAGUAAGUGAGUCACUCCGUGUUAAUGUUGUAAAUGUUUUUCUAAUUGUUGAAAUCUCCUCACCUGUACACACACCAAUAUUAAUUCAAUUUAUGUUUCUGGCAGUUUUUGUAGCCCAUAGUUCAGUUCUGUUUCUAGUGACUGUAAAUUGCUGUUCUUCACCUGAGUAAAGUCAUUUCCCAAUGGUCACAGCUGCACCAUGACCUUCUAAAAUCAGUAUUCUAUUGUUUCAUUAACACCUCAGUCUGUACUUUGCCCAUGAUGAUGCUGUUGUCAACAGAUUUCAGUCCCAGAUUGGCGGUACUGACCGCCUCCGGUCUAGUAAUGUGUCUGUCCACUCCUGGUGCUGCACAGCCCCAGCUCAUGAGGGUUCAUGGAUCUGCGGCUAAAGAUGAUGAAACUCCUUAUGCCAGUAAUUAGAUUAAGUAAGUAAUUGAGAGUUGGGUUAGGAAUCCAACUAACCUCUCCUUUGAAAACCAGAAUGCCCUUUGGUUUCUCAGGGUCUUAUACAAAUGUUCCCAAAAAAUAUGUUAGAAUAGAGCCCCAGAUGUUCUGAUUGAUGUCUGAUGAUGAACUGUUUCCUACAACAGCAGGUUUUUACAUGCAUGGCAUAAACACAUCUUAAAUGCCCAAGUGAUAAAGGUGUAACUGAC